AUGGCGGUGACGGCGGCCCUGUCGGCUGCAGCUGCAGCUGCGGCCCUAUCCGGCCUGGCAAUGCGAUUGUCGCGUUGGGCGGCGAAGCGCAGCUCCUACAGCGCCUUCUGCAAGGGGCUCACGCGCACGCUGCUCACCUUCUUCGACCUGGCCUGGCAGCUGCGCGUGAACUUCCCCUCGGUGAUGCUCAACGUCCGCCUACAGGUGCGAAUCGAGUGA